UGUAACUGUCUGAACGAUCAGAAAUGCUGCAGCAAUGGAUGUGGACACCAGUGUACAGCUGUAUCUAAAGAUAAGCCAGGAAUGUGUCCAAUGAGUUUCCUUGGAAAAGGAUUGUGUAAAGAGUUGUGUGUCAAUGACGUUGACUGUCCGAAUGAUGAGAAAUGCUGCAGCACUAAAUGUGGACAUGAAUGUACACCUCUACCUAAAGAAAAGCCAGGAGUGUGUCCAAGGAACAACGUAAUAGGAAUUUGUGUUGUGAGGGAGAAUAACUGUUUCAAAGAUGGUGACUGUCCUAAUGAUCUGAAAUGCUGCAGUUAUGGAUGUGGACGUCAGUGUAGGAGUCCAUAUAGAGCAAAGCCAGGAGUGUGCCCUGAUGACAAAGACAUGAAAAGACCAUGUGUUGAGGACUGUUUUGGGGAUCAUCAAUGUCCAGAUGAUGAGAAAUGCUGCAGCUAUGGAUGUGGACAUCAGUGUAUGCCUUCAUAUACAGCAGAAAAGCCAGGAUCGUGUCCAAAACCCGGUGAUUCUGGACAUUGUGCUGAGAUGUGUUCUGGUGACAGUAGCUGUCCAAACAAUCAGAAAUGCUGCAGCAAUGGAUGUGGACAUCAGUGUAUGCCUCCAAAUACAGCAGUAAAGCCAGGAUCGUGUCCGAAACCUGUUGGACCCGGACUGUGUGUUGAGAAGUGUUCUGAUGACAGUAGCUGUCCAAGAAAACAGAAAUGCUGCAGCAAUGGAUGUGGACAUCAGUGUAUGCUUCCAUAUCCAGAAAAGCCAGGAGUGUGUCCAAGCAAAACCCUUGGAGUAGGACUGUGUGUCACAUCGUGUUCCCUAGAUAGUAACUGUCCGAGUGAUCAGAAAUGCUGCAGCAAUGGAUGUGGACAUCAGUGUAUGGCUCCAUAUAGAGAAAAGCCAGGAUCAUGUCCAAAACCCCUUGGACCCAGACUGUGUGCUGAGAUGUGUUCUGGUGACAGUAGCUGUCCAAACAACCAGAAAUGCUGCCGCAAUGGAUGUGGACAUCAGUGUAUGGCUCCAUAUAAAGUUGGACCAGCAAAGCCAGGAGUGUGUCCUAGAAACAAUGUUAAAAAAAUGGUGUUUGGAGUGUGUGCUGAGAUGUGUUCCUAUGACAGUGAUUGUCCGAAUGAUCAGAAAUGCUGCAGCAAUGGAUGUGGACAUAAGUGUAUGCCUCCAUAUAAAGAAAAGCCAGGAGUGUGUCCAAAAAUGAAUCUUGAAGAUUGUAUUGAGUUCUGUUCCCAAGACGGUCAAUGUCCGGAUGAUCAGAAAUGCUGCAGCAAUAAAUGUGGACAUCGGUGUGUGCCUCCAUAUAAAGAAAAGCCUGGAGUGUGUCCAAAAAUCCAAAUAUUUGGAGUGUGUGAGGAGUUUUGUUCCCUGGACGAUGACUGUCUGAAUGAUCAGAAAUGCUGCAGCAAUGGAUGUGGACAUCAGUGUAUGGAUCCAUCUAAAGAAAAGCCAGGAUCAUGUCCAAAACCCCUUGGACCCAGACUGUGUGCUGAGAUGUGUUCUGGUGACAGUAGCUGUCCAAACAACCAGAAAUGCUGCCGCAAUGGAUGUGGACAUCAGUGUAUGGCUCCAUAUAAAGCAAAGCCAGGAGUGUGUCCUAGAAACAAUGUUAAAAAAAUGGUGUUUGGAGUGUGUGCUGAGACGUGUUCCUAUGACAGUGAUUGUCCGAAUGAUCAGAAAUGCUGCAGCAAUGGAUGUGGACAUAAGUGUAUGCCUCCAUAUAAAGCAAAGCCAGGAGAAUGUCCUUUAUUCAAUCCUGAUGGAGCAGUGGUCAAACCAUGUUUUAGGUUGUGUUUCCAUGACCGUAACUGUCCGGAUGAUCAGAAAUGCUGCAGCAGUGGAUGUGGACGACAGUGUAUGCCUCCAUAUAAAGAAAAGCCAGGAGUGUGUCCAAAAAUGAAUCUUAAAGAUUGUAUUGAGUUCUGUUCCCAAGACGGUCAAUGUCCGGAUGAUCAGAAAUGCUGCAGCAAUAAAUGUGGACAUCGGUGUGUGCCUCCAUAUAAAGAAAAGCCUGGAGUGUGUCCAAAAAUCCAAAUAUUUGGAGUGUGUGAGGAGUUGUGUUCCCUGGACGAUGACUGUCUGAAUGAUCAGAAAUGCUGCAGCAAUGGAUGUGGACAUCAGUGUAUGGAUCCAUCUAAAGUUAAACCAGGAGUGUGUCCAAGGAAAGAACCUGGAGUAGGAUUGUGUCAUGUGUUUGAGUGUGUCGAUGACAUUGACUGUCCAGACAAUGAGAAGUGUUGCAGCACAAGAUGUGGACGUGAAUGUAAACCUCAGUUUACCCUUCCAGAAAAGCCAGGAGUGUGUCCAAAAAUGAAUCUUAAAGAUUGUAUUGAGUUCUGUUCCCAAGACGGUCAAUGUCCGGAUGAUCAGAAAUGCUGCAGCAAUAAAUGUGGACAUCGGUGUGUGCCUCCAUAUAAAGAAAAGCCUGGAGUGUGUCCAAAAAUCCAAAUAUUUGGAGUGUGUGAGGAGUUUUGUUCCCUGGACGAUGACUGUCUGAAUGAUCAGAAAUGCUGCAGCAAUGGAUGUGGACAUCAGUGUAUGGAUCCAUCUAAAGUUAAACCAGGAGUGUGUCCAAGGAAAGAACCUGGAGUAGGAUUGUGUCAUGUGUUUGAGUGUGUCGAUGACAUUGACUGUCCAGACAAUGAGAAGUGUUGCAGCACAAGAUGUGGACGUGAAUGUAAACCUCAGUUUACCCUUCCAGAAAAGCCAGGAGUGUGUCCAAGAAACAACGUAAUAGGAAUUUGUGUUGUGAGGGAGAAUAACUGUUUCAAAGAUGGCGACUGUCCUAAUGAUCUGAAAUGCUGCAGCAAUGGAUGUGGACGUCAGUGUAUGCCUCCAUAUAGAGAAAAGCCAGGAGUGUGUCCAAGGAACAACAUAAUAGGAAUUUGUGUUGUGAGGGAGAAUUACUGUUUCGAAGACGAUGACUGUCCGAACGAUCAGAAAUGCUGCAGUUAUGGAUGUGGACGUCAGUGUAUGAGUCCUUAUAGAGUGAGGCCUGAUCCAUGACUCAAACCAGAUAUGUGCUGAUCACUCUUCCAUGAUGAUCAGUAACCUGCCAGACAGAAGUGUUGACCAACCACCUGUGGACAUGCAUGCCUUUCUCUCUGUCUGUUUCUCCAUGCUAUACUUGAGAUCUUAUGCAUACAUUAAAUAAAUCUCAUAGCUUAGUGAAA